CAGUAGCGCUGGUAGUUGCUGUGGGUACGGAAAUGUGUCAUCCGCGGGCAGCCUCAAGCAAGCGCCAGCCGAAUCGAGGCAGACGCGCUCUGAGAACUUGAGGUUUGCGGUGUAGUAGCCUGUGAUGCGAUCAUACAGCCCGCUCAUGUAGGAGCUACGUCAGCGCCAACACUACCACAUAGUUACGUUUAAAUGGAGCAGCGAGUCCUUGGUUUAGCGCAUUGGUACGGAUGUUCACAUGGGUGAGAUGCGAAGCGGUGAGUGACUGAAAUUAUCUGCAGGAUUGUCCAGACCAAAGGCCUGCAAUAACCCGACAGAUGAUCAACGAUGUGACCGAUAUACACUACCUUACCACAACCUACGCGAUUUCUUGCACCAGGUCCUGAAGAGUGGUGCGUUGGUCGCCCAGAGUUUAAUGCACCCCAAACUUCAUCCUCUGGCCUCGAGGACGACGACUGGUGGCUGUCUGCCUCUUUGUGUGCCCAAGUAGUGCCCACCUGCACGCCGCACGCUUCAGGUGCCAUGCAGGCAUAACGGGUGCUGAGCAGGGCACCCAAGGUCAUCGGGAGGAGUGAAGGGCAGUGAGAGCGGGCACUGCAGUAGCGGGCACCCAGGACAGGACACAGGACCUAUCUGUCUCUGGGCACAGGACUCGGGUACGGGCACAGAGGGGUGGGCACAGACUUCGUGGACGAUGACCAGCCUUUUCCACCGCACCAUCUCCAGGUCGCAUGGCGCAAGCUCUCCCCGCACGGGCAGUGGCAACAGCAACAGCAGCAGCAGCGCCCCUAGCAGGCCGCAGCGGGUAGUGCACCGGCUGGAGUUCAACCAGGCCAUGGGCGACUUCCGGACCAUGUUCCCCGGUGUGGAGCGGCAGGUGAUCGAGUGCGUGCUGUGGGCCAACAACGGCGUGGUGGAGGCCACCAUAGAGCAGCUGCUGCAGAUGAGCCUGGACGGUCAGGGCACCGACGACAGCUCCGACUCAGAGGACAGCAUUCCGCCAGAGAUCCUGGAGCGAACCCUAGAGCCAGAUAGCUCAGAUGAGGAGCCCCCGCCUGUCUACGCCCCUCCCUCCUACGACAUGCACAUCUACGACAGGAAGUACCCUGCUGACGUCCCCAACACGCCCCCACCCAGGUUUGAUGCCCAUCCCCCACCCGGGCACCAGCCCGGGAGUGGCUACAGGAAUUGGAACCCGCCGUUGCUAGGCAACCUCCCGGACGACUUCCUGCGGAUUCUGCCCCAGCAGCGUGACAGUCUGCAGCGAUCCCACAGCAGUCUCUCUCAGCCUUCCUCCUCCUCCUCUUCAUCGCUGUCCUCGCUGUCUCUGCCCCCGGUCCCCUCUGGCGGUGCGGCGCAGGCGGACGCGUGCGGCAGCGGCAGCGGCGGCGGCGAGCAGGAGAGGGUUCUGGGACGGCGCCUGGAGGACGAGGAGGACCGGCGGCUGCGCCAGUACCUGGAGGACGAGCGCGUCGCUCUCUUCCUGCAGAACGAGGAGUUCAUGAGGGAGCUGCAGCGCAACCGGGACUUCCUCAUCGCCCUGGAGAGAGGAGACCACUCUGCGGCAGGUUCUGGCGAGCCCCUCCCAACGGCCUCAGAUGAUGCUCUUUUCCGUGACAAACUCAAGCACAUGGGCAAGUCCACAAGGAAGAAACUGCUGGAAAUUGCAAGAUCCUUUUCUGAGAAAACUCGGAGGAGGAAGAACAAGAAGAAGGCCCUGCUGAAGCAUCACUCACUGGGCUCUGCUGCCUCCACUGCCAACCUGCUGGAAGAUGCUGAGGGACCAGCGCCCGAGGGGGACUGCCAACUCAAGACACCCGACACUCAGGAAGAGGAGACAAAACAAAACAAGGAAGUACUCUCAUGAUUGUUCCAUCUAGUUCAUGAGUUCUUUGACGACAACAGCCAUGUGUCUCUGAAUCUAAGACUUCCACAUAAACCUGAAGUAUUUUGAGGUGGAACACAAUUCAAGCCAUGUGGAUGAAGCCCUUACUUUAUCACAUCAUGAAGAGAAAGGUGUUGCGCACAAUUAAUUCUGUGUGAGUUUUGCUUCUGUAAAUCGUCUUAUGAAGAUCAUUCAUACAUUUUUGUUAUUUCGCCCAUCUCACUGAUUUGACCUCCUGAUUUGUGUUUGGAAUCUGGUUUGUACUUCAAACUGUGCAAGGAAGUGGGAUCUUCCUGGUGAGUCACCCCCAGAGGUGUAAACCCUACUGCACAACUAAAGAUGUUUAUGUUUAUGUACAUGCCAAACCUCUACUCAUGAAAUUAGUGCUUAUGACCAGUCGGUCAUAUUUUAUUCCCGAAACAGAAAUAUCUCCAGAAUUGCCUAACUUCCUAACCUUAUUGUUAACUCUAUUCACAACAUUACAAAAUCUCAAACUCGUAAGUCUUCAUUUAUAUUAAGUUGUUAGCUAACCCUUUUAUCCAACGCUUGAAACUGUCUACACAGUUAUCCAACUGUUACCAUACAAAGGCCUUGAGAACUGCCCCAAAUGGACUAAAGCCUUGAAGAUCAGUAAAGUUAAACCACACAAACUUUAGGGCUCAGCUGGUUGAGACAAGUCCUUUAUAUCGAACAUCUAGACAUCACCUUGUGUCUAUGUGGUGCUCAUUUCCGUUAAGCACACUGGUAUCAUUCACCCCAUGUGUUUAAGAAAUUCUGUUUCUUUCUUUCUUUCUUUCUUUCUCUCUUUUUUGGUUUGUGGGAUUAUUGUAUUUUUUACAUAGCCAGCUAACAGUUAAUGUCUGAUGUCAAAACACCACUAUGCUGAAACUCAUAACAGCACGUACAUCAGCGCUGGAAAAUAACAUUGGAAAGCUUUGAGUGUGUAUCACUAACCAAAUGUAUGUGUGUGUUUGGUAGUAUGCAUUCUAUCUAUGACUGCAACAGCUAGGGCAGCCAGACAGCUACAGUGCUACACUUUAAAAUCAUGCCCCCAGAGUGUAGCACUGUAGCUGCCUGGCUACUCUAGCUGUUGGCUACAGAAACUCGAGCUAGGUAGCACAGAUUUUUAUUUAUUUUUUUUCAUACCGACAGUAGUCGUGACCUCAAGAAAAAGAGAUCUAUGUGAAAAAUUGCCAGGAUUUUCCUUUAAGGUUUCUCUCAAAACGCACAGAGGGAAGCAUAGAGAUGUUAUCAUUCAUUUGGUCCUGUACUGAACGCCUCUCUCAGUUUGUUGAAUUGAGGAUGGCACUGGUAUGCAUGUGUAGGCUAUAAGUUCAUGUCAAUAGCGUGGUGGGAAGAGUAAGGCCAAUCAUGUGCAGACUGAUGGCCCGUUCUUAUGAUAUUAUAACUUGCUCAGGGAGAAUCUUUUGCUAUCCUUUGUUUUUGUUUUCUGCUGAAAUUAUAUUUUAAACAUGCAUAUCCUCUGG